UUUGCGGCCGAACCGUGGACACUACGCAGUGAGCAGCAGGUAGUGAUGGCGGCUCAGUAACACGUGUUGUGGGGCUGAAGCUGUACACACCGGUGCGGAGACACAACUGUGAAUCAUGGCGAAGAGACACGCAGAGGAGUCGCUGCUGCUGCUGCAUGAGUUUCCCUCCAAAACCCUCCCUCGGUCCCUCCUCAGUGUGGACCUGCAGCUGGGGGCCGACCCCCCGGCAGCAGCCCGGCCUGUGAGCCGCAGCCCCCCGGCCCUGCUGGCCGUGGUGGGCGGCGGCCGCUGCAGGAAGAGGCCGCACUCCUCCGAGGAGCCGGAGCAGAAACCCCAAGGACCAGGGGUUUGCAUCAGGGAACAUGCGGCUGCUGGUGGUGGUGUGACGGUGCAGACCCCUGGAAGCGUCCGGGAGCAUCACGGCAGCGGACCACCCGCGAACCACAAGAAACGACCCCGAGAAGACCGCGGGACUUCUCCCCCUGGAGGUCUUCAUAAAGUUGCAGCUGGAGACUCAGACACUGAAGACUGCGCUUUCAACACCUUCUGGUUCUGGAGGCCCCCCCUCCCUAAACUGGACCUCUCACUGCUGGAAGAUGACCACAGCCGUCCCCAAACAGUGCAGAGGUCAAAGGUCAAAAGCCGUUUCUCUGACGCCAUGGAGACGUGAGGUGGCUAACAUCAGUAGGGCAACAUGAUGAUUGAAACGUGGUGCGCUCCAGUAGGUUGCCCGAAUUGCAUCCAGGUGAGAUGCGACAACCUGACUGUCCAAUGAGCCCUGUCUGACUGAUACGUGGGCUGUAGAAAGUGAGAGAAUCCAGAGAGCGCAAAGAUCCCCCAAAGCUGAUUGGCCACUUAACCAACUGUUCAUGAAUAUUCGCUCUCUACAAAUGCCUGAUUCUUUUUUAUAAACAUCUCUAAAUUAUUCUUUGAGAAAUUCCUAAAAUGUUGAGAAAUAUCUCACAAUGUUUGAGAAAGUAAAAAAUAAAUAAAAAAAUCCUGGAUCCACCAUUAAUAAAGUCCGCUCCAAACAUGUAUGAUUUUCUUUGAUCCAUACUCCACCCUUUCCAAGUUUCAAUAAAAUCAGUUAAUUAGUUUUUCAUAAUCUUGCUAAAUGAAAACAAAUUCUUUGGUGGAGGCAGAAGGGAUUUAUUCUCAUCCCUCAUUCAAUUAUAUGUAUGAGCAGUGACAGGAGCCUUUUUGUUAUAUGCUGAAUCCUGACCAAACAAACGUGCAGCAGUAUUUUAUACACACCUGUUCAAACAGUUCUUAAAGCAAUUUGUUGUAACUCUGCCCACAUUAUGUGACUGUAGUGUUAGUGUAGACUGUUGUAGAUGUUGUGGGAAAUCUUCAUUUUGAAUUUGCCUCACAGAAGGCUUUAACGUGUGCUGUAUUAGCAGUUUUCUUUGGGAUGUUACUUGUACAUGUUAUUGGCAAUCAGUCCUGAUUGUCACUGUCAUCUGUGUUUUUGGCAAUAAAUGCAGUUUUCUAUCCA